GACCGACUUCAGGUCCUACCAUUGGUCCCACCGCUGGACCAACAAGCGGCCCUACUUCUGGACCUACAUCUAGUCCAACUAGCGGACCUACUUCCGGACCGACUUCUGCACCAACAUCAGGACCAACAAGCGCGCCUACAAGUGACCCAACCAGUGGACCGACUUCCGGACCGACUUCAGGUCCUACCAUUGGUCCCACCGCUGGACCAACAAGCGGCCCUACUUCUGGACCUACAUCUAGUCCAACUAGCGGACCUACUUCCGGACCGACUUCUGCACCAACAUCAGGACCAACGAGCGCGCCUACAAGUGGCCCAACCAGUGGACCGACUUCCGGACCGACUUCAGGUCCUACCGUUGGUCCCACCGCUGGACCAACAAGCGGCCCUACUUCUGGACCUACAUCUAGUCCAACUAGCGGACCUACUUCUGGACCGACUUCUGCACCAACAUCAGGACCAACGAGCGCACCUACAAGUGACCCAACCAGUGGACCGACAUCCGGACCGACUUCGAGCCCAAGUUUAGGCCCUACCAGUGGGCCCACAUUUGGACCUACAUCCGUUCCAACAAGGGGACCAACUAGUGGACCCACAUCAGGUCCAACUAGCGGACCAACAUCCAUUCCGACAAGUAGCCCAACCAUCGGACCUUCAUCUGGACCAACUUCUGUGCCAACUAGCGUACCAACAUCCGGUCCAACUAGUGGACCCACAUCGGGACCUACAAGUGGCCCAACCAGCGGACCUACUAACGGGCCAACUAACGGACCAACAUCUCGACCUACAUCCGGACCUACAAGUGGCCCAACCAGCGGGCCUACCUCUGGACCUACUUCCAGGCCUACCUCUCGGCCAACAAGCGGACCAACAUCCGGUCCGACGAAUGGACCCACAUCUGAACCUACUAGUGGACCAACAUCUAGACCUACAUCCGGACCUACUAGUGGCCCAACCAGCGGACCUACCAGCGGGCCAACUAGUGGACCUAGCAGUCGACCCACAUCUGGUCCAACAAGCGAACCAACUAGUGGGCCAACUAGUGGGCCAACAUCCGGUCCAACAAGUGAACCAUCCAGCGGACCUACAUCUGGACCUACCAGUGGACCCACAUCUGGUCCAACAAGCAGACCAACUAGUGGGCCAACAUCCGGUCCAACAAGUGAACCAUCCAGCGUACCGACGUCUGGACCUACUCCCGGACCAACAAGUGGACCGACAUCAAGGCCUACUUCGAGCCCAACUUCAGGCCCUACCAGUGGGCCCACAUCUGGACCUACCAGCGGACCAACCUCUGGACCUACAUCCGACCCAACAAGUGGACCAACAUCCGGACCUACCUCGGGCCCAAGUAGCGGACCAACAUCUGAUCCAACAAGCGGACCUACAUCUGGCCCUACUUCCGGGCCUACCUCGGGACCAACAAGUGGACCGACAUCUGGACCCACUUCGAGCCCAACUCCUGGUCCUACAAGCGGACCAACGAGCGGACCUACAUCUGGACCAACCUCCGAACCCACAUCCGGGCCUACAUUUAGACCAACAUCUGGACCUACAUCUGGACCUACAUCUGGACCUACAUCUGGACCUACAUAUGGUCCAACCAGCGUACCAACUAGUGGACCUACACCUGGGCCUACAUCUGGACCUACGACUAGACCAAGUAGUGGGCCUACAUCGGGACCUACAAGUGGCCCAACUGCGGCCCCCACCAGCGGACCUACGUCCGGACCAACCAGUGGUCCAACAUCUGGUCCUACCUCGGCGCCCACUUCUGAUCCUACCAGCGGACCAACGGGUGGACCUACGACUGGACCAACUAGUGGCCCAACUGCUGGCCCCACCAACGGACCUUCCUCUACCCCCACCAGUGGUCCAACAAGUGGACCUACGUCUGGUCCAACCAAUGGCCCUACUUCUGAUCCAACAUUAGUACCAACGUCGGGGCCUACAUCAGCACCAACUAAUGGGCCCACAUCUGGACCAACGUCAGAGCCAACAUCUGGACUGACAUCUGGUCCUACCUCUCUUCCAACAAGUGGACCUACUUCUAGACCUACCUCAACCCCCACCAGUGGACCUACAAAUGCGCCCACAUCAGGGCCCACGAGCCGACCCACUAGCAGUCCAACCAACAGGCCUACAUUAGAGCCAACUUCUGGACCUACAACUAGCCCAACAUCAGGCCCGACAAGUGAACCAACAUCUGGAUCAACAUCGGGACCUACAAGUGGACCUACAAGUGAACCUACAAGUGGACCUACAAGUGGACCGACAAGUGGGCCUACAAGUGAACCAACUGGUGGUCCAACUAAUCGGCCUACGUCAGGACCAACAAGCAGACCAACAAGCAGACCAACAUCAGGGCCCACUGCUGGACCAACAUCUGCUCCAACUUCUGGACCAACAUCACUGCCAACCUCCGGACCCACAUCGGGACCAACAACGCCACCAACUUCUGGCCCAACUACAUCUGCACCAACAUCUGGACCUACGUCAAUGCCAACUUCCGGUCCAACUUCAGGGCCAACACCUGGUCCAACGUCCGGUCCAACUACUGGACCGACUUCAGGACCAACAUCGGGACCUACAAGUGGACCUACAAGUGACCCCACUUCUGGACCAACCAGCGGACCAACAUCUGGACCUACAUCCAUGCCAACUUCCAGUCCUACGAGUCUAACCAUAUCCGCCGAUCCAACCGCAUCCCCGACCAUAUCAAAAGUUUUCUCUUUCUUAGGCAAUGGUUGGUGCUCUGUCAAUGACAGUAUUCUCUAUGACCGAGCUGUUGUCGAGCCAGUGGACAAUGCAUCAGAUUGCCAGAACAAGUGUCUAGAAGUUGAUGAUACGGAUCUAGUGGGAUCUGGCUACAAAGCUAACAACAAACGAUGCCAUUGCUACUACAAUGAUGACUCUACUGUUAUUGCAACUUGUAAUGCAUCGGUAUUCAACGGUGGGUGUAGCGAUGGCUACUCUGGUUCUGGCCAUGUGAGCGCGACUUCCGGACCGACUACAUGGGAGUGUUACAGCUAUGAGCUUCCAGUGACGGAUAGUCCAUCUCGAUCGCCGACCCGCAAUCCAACCGCCUGGCCAUCGCUUGCACCAACCACUUCUAGCCCCACAGGUGCACCAUCAUUGAGGCCAAGCAGAUUGCCAAGCAACAUUGAGUUGCCAUCACCAAAUCCAACAACAGACCCAACCAGCCGCCCAUCUGCAACACCAAGUCGUGUGCCAACACCAGCGCCUACCUCUCGUCCAUCCAUGGUUCCGACAGUACAAAAAGAGUUUUCUUUCUUUGGCAAUGGUUGGUGCUCUGUCACUGAUAGCAUUCUUUAUGACCGAGCAGUCGUCGAGCCCAUGAAUAGCGCUACAGAUUGCCAAGAUAAGUGUCUUGAAGUUGAUGAUACUGAUCUAGUGGGAUCUGGUUACAAAGGUAGCAACAAGCGAUGCCAUUGCUAUUUCAAUAAUGACUCAGCUGUUAUUACAAGUUGUGAUGCUUCGGUAUUCAACAGUGGGUGUAACGAUGGUUACUCUGGCUCCGGCCCUGUCAGCGCGACUUCGGGACCAACCACAUGGGAAUGUUACAGUUAUGGGCCUGUCGCUACUGUAGGCACGUCAGGGUCUGUCCCAAGUGGUCCAACUGCACUUCCACCAUCGGGUUCCACACUUUUUCCAGUCGUGUCUCCAACUAGGAAAAGAGGAGCGAAGAUUUCCUUCACUGCUCAUGAUGGACGCCGCCGAAAUAGGCGGUUCUUGAGAAAGACUCUGGGCUGA